GGCGCACACGGGGCAGAGGCGGGGGCGCGCGGGAAGCCGCCAGGGGGCGCCGGAGACGCGCUCCGCGGAUGGGAAGGGGCCGGCCGGGCUCGGCCGCGGGAGCGCGUGCGCGUGCCCGCCCGAAGCCCCGCCCCGGCCGCGGCCCAUGCAGCCGGUGACCGGCCCCGGAGAGGCGCGCGGCAGCGGCCGGGCCGCCACGGACUGUGACAGGCGCGCGCCCGCCGCUGGGCCGCGAAGGAGUCCGGCUAGUGGCGCCCGAGUGACAAAUGGCGGAAAGACGACACUGGCUAAGAAUUUGCAGAAGCGCCUGCCAAACUGCAGUGUCAUAUCUCAAGAUGAUUUCUUUAAGCCAGAGUCUGAGAUAGAAAAAGAUAAAAAUGGAUUUCUGCAGUACGAUGUGCUUGAAGCCCUUAACAUGGAAAAAAUGAUGUCAGCCAUUUCCUGCUGGAUGGAGAGCCCCAGGCAAUCCCCAGUAGCGGACUGGGCCAGCACUGAGGACAUUCCUAUUUUAAUCAUCGAAGGCUUCCUUCUCUUUAAUUACAAGCCCCUGGACAGAAUUUGGAACAGAAGCUAUUUCCUGAGCAUCCCGUAUGAAGAAUGUAAGAGGAGGAGGAGCACCCGUGUCUAUGAGCCUCCAGAUCCCCCGGGGUACUUUGACGGCCACGUCUGGCCCAUGUACCUGAAACACAGGCAGGAAGUGGAGCACGUCCCCUGGGACAUCGUUUACCUGGAUGGAAUGAAAUCUGAAGAAGACCUCUUUACACAAGUGUAUGAAGAUCUCACGCAGGAACUGUCAAAGCAAAACUGUUCCACGGCCCUGUCGAAUUGAUUGGUGAAGGAACAACCAAGAAACUAGUUCAUUACAUAGUCAAGAGUAGCAUACAAGAGUGCUCAUAUAGAAGUGAUUGUUUCUGUUCAUUCACCUCCUUGGAAAUAAUUCCAAAUCAGAGGCUUUGAUAAGCUUGAGGCAUAGAUUAUUUUGUUAUAUUGGUACUUUAAGGGUAUUUUAAGGUUAAAAUAUUAACCCUUUGUUACAUCUCAUAAUGAUAUUUAUGUUAUUUUAACAUUUUAGCUAAAAAUAAAAUAAAAUUUUUAGCUGAUAGCUGCUAUUUCAGUAGAACUGAAGUUAAUGUUUGGGAAAGUAAAAUUAAAAUGCUGGUGACCUUGUUAUAAUAUGUCUAAUACAUUUCCUCUUUCUCCUCUAACCCUCUUAAAGAAGUUUUUGUAUUUAUGUUUUGCAAAUACUUCCAAAAUAAACACUAUUUUUAAAAUUA